AUGAGUGUUAAAAUGGGUCCUAAUGUGUGUCCUAUUACCGAGGAGCGAUCAGGAACCGUACGUGAGGUUGGUGGACAAGCCGUUUGGAGUUUGUCGUCGUGUAAGCCAGGGUUUGGAGUCGAUCAGCUGCGUGAUAACUCGAUGGAAACAUACUGGCAGUCCGACGGGCAGUUGCCGCACUUAGUCAACAUUCAGUUCCAUCGGAAGACGACCGUCAGUCAGAUUUACAUUUAUUCGGAUUACAAGCUUGACGAGAGCUACACACCCAGCCGGAUAUCGAUUCGGUGUGGGACGCAUUUUAACGAUCUGCAGGAAAUCGAGGUGGUUGACUUGUGCGAGCCAUCCGGCUGGGUGUGUUUCCCUAUCAAAGAAUACGAACACGAAUAUUUCAUGUACACGUUCAUGAUUCAGAUUGCGGUCAUCAGUAAUCAUCAAAACGGAAGAGACACGCAUAUGCGCCAGAUUCGAAUCCACUCACCAACGGAAGGCUCGCAAUAUCCUCUGGAACACCAUGGAAAGUUUAGUACAAUAGAAUUCUCGCAGUUUCGAACGAUACGUUAA